AAGCCUCCACACGCCCGACAUCUACCGAAAUCUUCGUCUUCAUCCGGAUCUUCCGCUCGGUUCGAGUGUGCCGUGUUCGGGUUGGGGGAGGUGGGGAGGACUACAUUUAUGAAAUAAAGGGAAAGAAGCGGUUUCCAUCAUUCCUGAGCCCCUCCCAGCCCUCUGAUCACCGGACCGAGGCGUUUAUAAAGAGAGAGGCAGUCCAAGAUGAAAGCAAUCGUAGCGGCGGUACUUAGCGCCGUGUUCUGCACCGUUGUGUCAGCGUCUUCCAAAGUCAAAGAGGAAAGGAGGACGGCCUUCUUCGGCGAAGACGUCCACAUCGAAGUGUCGUCGUGGAGCGACCCGGAGGUCGUGUUCCGACCCAGGACCAACAGCUCCUACGAGGUGCCUCUGCUCCAGGCGGGCCGGGUGACGAACCAGAACAAGACGGAGCUCAACUCUCUGGGCCACCUGGUGCUGAAGGACGUGCAGGAGGAAGACGAGGGGCUCUACAUCAUCAGAAGCGGCAGAAAUGUCAGCAUUUCCAAAAACCUCGUCCUCAUCGUGAGGGACUGCGUUUUGGAGCAGGUUGUAAAGUAUGGAGAAACGUACAUCAUCCACCUGAGUCAAAUCAAAGGUCCGAUCACGCUGGAGUUCAGGCCCAGCCUGGUCAGAGUCAACCAGACGGUGGUCCCUCACACCUCGGAGCCCCCCCCAGUGCUCCUCUACAACCGGAGCGCCGUGUUGGGGGACGACUACGUUGGGCGCCUCAGCGUGUCGGACAGGCAGGUGAUGCUGCACUCGGUCAGGAUGACGGAUGAAGGAAGCUUCACGGUUCUGGACCGGGACGGUCACACCAAGACGAGGAGCUGCCUGAAUGUCAGAGAUCACCAGAGUUUCCUGCAUUUUGCCUACGGAGAAAACCUGAAGAUGAAGCUCUUCCUGCACUACUCCAACCUCAACGUGGUCUACAGGUCCAAACUGGACAACCAGGACCGGGUCAUCGUGAGCCAGGGGGUUCUGUUGGCACCGCUGGACCCGCAGCUGGAGGGACGGCUCACUGUGGACGGGUCGGAGCUGGUCAUGAAGAAGAUGCAACCCGCCGACUCGGGGCUCUUCAAGGUCACCGACCUGGCCGGCUUCACUGUGGCUCAUGUUUACAUAGACGUGGAAGCCUAUAAAAUGGCUCCUCUGGCUGUCGCCAUCCUGUCCAUGCUGGGCCUGAUCGCCUUCUUGCUGCUGGUGUGCCUGCUGUCCUGCCUCUAUAAAAUACAUAAAAGAAAUGAGAAGAACAAGAAGCUGACGCUCAUCGCCCAGCAGGCCGGCAAGAAGGACGGGGAAGCUUUCCGACAGGUGGUCCAUGAGGCUUACAGCAGGUUCACUGAAGAGUCUCUGAUGCAGUCAGUGUGUGAUAAACCUUCAGAAACCACCGAGGUCACCAUCAAGGGUCUGGAGGUGUCCAAACCCGGCCGCUACCAGACUCUUCCCUCUGACAACUUCCUGGAAAUGAGUGACUCUGGAGUCGAGUUCAGCCACUCUGGACUCCCGCUGGACAGCGACACCGAGGCAGUGAUGACCUACGCCUCCCACAAGCCCCUCCUGAACGCCGCCUCCCCUCCAGCCGUGACGGACGGCGUCAUGAUGUCCGACAGCCUGGAAGCCACGGCGGCGAUGGACGGAGACCUGAGCGCCAUCCGAACCCCGGACUCCGUCCUCAGCGCCAGCCCCGCCUCCAACCCGCGCUCGGCCUCGGCCGCCACGCCUGACGGCAGCCUGCAGGGGGCUGCGUCCCCGGCGACGGCCUCCAGGGUCACCGCGGGGUCCGACUCGGCCAAGACAGAGGGCGGGGCGGAGGGAGAAGAAGACGGUCAGAAGGAGUAAUCAGGAAGUGCCAGAGUGUUUCUGGAACCUUUUGUUAUCCGAACAUCUGAAACACCACAGAUUAAACAGAGGAUGGACGUAGAUGUCCAUCCUCAUGGACGUAGAUGUCCAUCCUCUGGAAGUUUUUCAAACACAGAGUUUGAGAAAAUGAAAGGCUACAACCUCACUGUCUAUCAAAAGAACAAAGUAAUCUAGUGCAUAAAUUGCAUGCAGUUCCGAAAAACACAAAAGAAGAUAUCUUAGAUCAGACGUAGAAAUUAGAGUAGACUACAUGCAUGCUUUAACAAAUGAAAUGCACUUAAAUCACAUCAAAUCAGCUGAAUUCCUGUCAAACCGGUUCAAUAAUGAGAAAAUGACAAACGUUUGAGGGUAGUGACAGACAGGCGGCGUGUUUCAGACAGCCUUUGAGCUGCAGCGUGUUUCCUCUGACGCCACGUUCUCAGAAAAUCACAGCAAUGAGUGAUUUCAGUCCGCUCUGUUAUUAACAGCACAAGCAUGUCAGAAAACAUCCCCGCAUCUCACAUGAAACUGCUUGUUUCAGCAUCCGCUCGCUGCAAUGAGCCAGUCGAGGUGUUAUGUCUCAAAAAACAACAACAACAACAAAAACACAUCAUGCAAGAUGAAACCGGUUCAAGUAGACGGAGCAGCAACACCUCUCUGAAACUGCUGCUGGUUGUUUCAAAUAUUAGGUGUCAGAUCUGCAACAUUUGAAGGAUUUGUCAGAGGAAACCUGUCAAAACGUUCCACUUUAUCUCACUCAACAGUCAAAAGUAUCAUCAUCUCUGUUUUUGUUUGCUGCUUCUAGUUAUCAUUCACUCGGUUCCAGGAAGGGAAAGAAUUCAGGGGAAACUGACUGGCAUUUGUGUGACUUUCAGAGCGAAUCUCGAGAGCAUAAUUGGAUUCCAGGUCUCUUUGCAGACAGACCAAUUCAUGGACGCCGUGGAGCGCGGACCGGUAAUAAAAGAGCUGAAAGCGCCGGGAAAAGGGUAGGAUUCAGGGAACAGAUGAAUGACAUCCAUGAUUCAAAGCCUAUUUUCAUCUCGGCCCGGAAUCCGCCUCACAGAGCUCUCAUUAUUGGAGCCCAGUUGUUUGGCAAAAUGAAGUAACUGGAAAGAUAAAGUUGGAUCAGGGCGUGAUAACGACGCGGCCUUUAGCUUCAGUAAAAUGAGCGGCUGUCAGAGAGGUGUGUGUGUGGAGGAGAGAGUUUCAUUCAAUUCAGCCAAAAUCAUCAAACACUGGAGAGAAACAUGAGUCUGAGUUACAAACCUUCAGCUGACGGCAAAAUGAUCAACGCUCCUGUCUGUAAAAAAAGGUUUAUAGGAUUUAAAUGCAAAAAAAUACAUUGACAUGCAUGCAUUGCUAAUAGUACUUAGCAUAAUCACUGAGCUCUACUAUUAGCUUAUUAUUUGUAAAUGGAGCCUGGAUAAGUUUGGUGAUGUAAUGCAAAGAUUUGGAUUGUUUUGGUUUGUUUUGUUCAUAGUGAUUACUCCUCACUGACCACAACAAUUAGCAAACCCCACUGGUUCUUCACUUGUAACUAGAACGUUCUAAGCUUGGAAGAAAUAGAGUCAUACCCAGAUCCAAAUUCCAACAUCUGAGGAAAAUGAAAAGCAGCCCAAGCUCUCACAGGCCUAACAACCGAGUUUGACUAAUUAGUUUCUGUUGUAGAAGAAGCUAAUUCAGGUCACAGAAAACUAAUUUCCACCUCUAAAUGUGAGCAGGACAUGAAACUCUGCUGAGGAAACUCGUCGCUGUGCUUCCUCUCCUCCACACGUCCAGCCUCUGAGCUCCUCUGCUUUUAGGGAAGCAUCAUGGCAGCAUCGAUCACAUCUGCUGACACACACUGGCCGCAACAAGACCUUUGGGUCCCAACAGUUUCAUUUAUUCAUCAGCGUUGCUGUUACCGUUGACAUCUGUUAGCAGUACGAUGUCAGCCUGGACAGACUGCAGGAUUCACCCCAAAGCAGCAAAACAGGCACCAAAGUUUUAUUAUUAGAAGAGAAAAGCACAAAUUUAGCAAGUGAUUCUUUUUAGAUAUGAACAAGUUUCACAUUUUUAUUGAUGAGGGUAAAAAAUAUGAAGCAGCUAUUGUAAAUAUAGUUCAAUGAUCUGCAAAAAAUGGCUAGUUCUCUUCUUCUUCAGGAAAAUUCAUUAGAAUCAUUCAGCAUUGUAUGUAAAACGACUUUCAUAUCCAACUCAAAUGGGAAAAUGAUCCAUUUGAUGGGAGUUUUAUGAGGAAAUGCUUAAAACUGACAGGAGGGUGACUGGAAAGCUCCCGAAAUGGACUCUGUAGAUCUGUAAAUAUCAGCUGGAUGUAAAUGAGCUAUGAUGCAUCAAUUUGGUGGACUAAUAACAGGAUAACUACUGAAUAUUUAAUAUAAUCUAAUGCAAUAUUAACGAUAAAGGCACGGAAGCAUCACGAACGCUCUCCUCCUGCAAGAAAACCCAGACGUAGCACAUCAGAACACAACUCCACUGUUAGUCGUCUGUUUUCACUGUAAAUAUGGAAAUCUGUGAUCUGCAUGUGGAUAAUCUCAGAAUACUCACAUUUUCUUACUACGAGGCUUAUGCAAGAUUUUUUACCACAUUGAUCCUUGAACCACAUAUCCACAGUACGUAGGAAACUUUGCCUUCGGCUGGGAGGUCUGUCAUGUUUACAUGUUGAAAUCCUUUCAUCAAGUUGGCCUGGGCAGGAGGCGAGCUGUCUGCGGCUGCAGGGCCUGUUGACACAUCGCAGGUGCUGAUGGUUUGAGCAGGAACCGUUCAGGCUCUGCCUCAAACGCAAAACCUGACAAACAAAAUCUGGAAGCUGAAGCACAAAGCCAAUGUUUGGGAAAAAUAACACUUUCACAGCAUCUGUUGGGAUUUUACCUCAAAAUGUCAGUUAGAUAAAGUAAGAAAACUUUAUAGGAUCUCAUAUGUUUUAGGAUAAUGUUGUUUUUAACUUCGUUCUGUUAUAGUCAGUAAAGAGUUGAUCUUGUCUUGUUAACACACACAAAUUGAAACACCCAGGAUUAUAUUUCCUCUUAUUUGGAGAUUAGUUACUGUGUCUCAGAGGUGGGGACUCGAGUCACAUGACUUGGACUCGAGUCAGACUCGAGUUGUUAAAAUCACGACUUGAGAC